GAAGGAGAUAUGAAUAUUAGGUCAUUAGUGAUGAUGGGCAACAAAACAGUUUACAGUAUGGUUUAUAAUACCAAAAUAGGUCAAGGUGAUAUUAGAAGAGCAUUAUGGAGAAGUCUUCUGAUUUCUCUGUGCUAAGAAUCAUUUUGUUAAAAAAAGUGGGGAAUUCAAAUUUGUAUUCAGUUGCGCCUAUGCAUGUAAUUAAGAAAAUAUUGUCAUCUGAGAUAAGAAUCAGUAAAAUUUCAAAAGCAACUUGCUAAGGAACAUAUUCAUAUGACAUCUGGAUGGUUACUUAUUGUCAGAAUUCGUGCAAGUAGGUAAUUUGUUCUAGUGGUCUAGUCCAGCUCUAGUGUGAUGAUUGGUUUAAUCUAGCAGAAAGUCACCUUUUUAUAGCUCCCAAUUAAUGAAAGUUUGUUGAUUAACAAGCUCCUCUAUUUAAAAAUGAUCAUUUUGAAUGAACAAGUGAAAUGCAAUCACCAUGUAAUGUAUGUUUUGUUUCACUACCACACCAAUUAUUUGAAGGAAGGAAUAACAUCAAAAUUUUAUCAAUAGUGAUUGGAUUUGAGAAAAUGCUAAGGAUUGUUCUGAUACAAUUUAAUAUGUCAUUAAUUGUACCUCUAGAAGUAGGGGUACAUUUGAAUUGGAACCUUAGGGCAAGUAUAUAACUGUAGUUUAUGCCUAAAUCUGAUUAGUUAAUCCUGUUACUAUAGUGCUUUUUUGAAACAUGCUGUGUUGUAAGAGUUUUCGAUAAUGGAGGUAGAGCCUAGAGUCACAUUAAUUAAAAAUGUACUGAUAAAUGUUGUUUUCCACUUAAUAGCUCUGAGGUCUUGGUGGAGGAGCAAAACUGUAAGAAACAGUGAAAGGUGGGACAUGAAAAAGAUUGCUCCUGCAUUUAGCAGUCUUAAGCAUUUGUCGAUUUAGGAAUAACUGUAAAAUGCAGGUUCCACAACAUCAAUGUUAUGCCUGACAUUUAAGUGCAUCAUAGUCAACUCAAUUUUGUAAAGUGUCAAUUUUUGGCAUGGCAAGCAAUGUUCUUCCAUAGAAGAUGAGAUCAAUAUAUGUGGUGUUCAUGGAGAUAAUCUUAAAGUGGCAUGAUAUACAGUGUAACUAUUUAAAUGGAGACAACAGACGAGAAGCAACUAAAGUCCUUAUGUAAACUCUUUAUUGGCGGGCUACCUCGUACAAUUACAGACGAAGAUCUUGAAGCGUAUUUCUUGCAAUUUACCCCUGACGAAUCACUUAGUGACUGCGUUGUGAUUAAAAAUCCGGGAAUGCAAUCUCGAGGAUUUGGUUUUGUCACCUUCAAUCGACUUGUUGACGCCGACAACUGUUUAACGAAAUACCCACAUAUAAUUGGUGGUAGACAAGUCGAGGUUAAACAUGCUAUACCAAGAACUGGGCAACACGAUGUGAAUCAUGCACCUACCAACAAAGUAUUUGUCGGAGGCCUACCUAGGGAGGCGACUGAGGAAGAUGUGUCAGAAGCUCUACAGAAUCAUGUGUUAGAGUGUGGUGAGAGCUUGAAUGCGAAUGUUUUAAGUGUUAACAUUGUUACAACGAAAAAAGAGGAUGGUAUAGAUCCACCAGUAUCACGUGGUUUUGCUUUUGUUGAAAUGGCAACUAAUGCAGAUGCUGAUAAAGUUGUGAUAGUGAAACACUUAAAUAUUGCUGGAAAAAAAGUGGAAUUGAAAAAAGCUGAACCAAAAGGAGGCUUGGGCAGAGGUUAUCGUGGUAGAGGUGGCAGGGGUUCUGGCCACUUUCGUGGUGGUGGAGAAACAUGGAAUUGUGUUGGCUAUAAUGGCAAUCCGUACAAUCCCCCUGGUUUCAGUGGUGGAUAUUCUGGCUAUGAAUCUUAUGAUGGUGGUUAUUUUGGUCAGAGUAAUGAUGAUAUGUUUGGUCAGUAUCCCCAACAAGAUUCAGGAUUUGGCCCAUUCCAUGGGAGAAGACCUAGAGGGGGUGGUUACAGUCAAGCUCCAUAUUGAUAUAUUUUCUGUUGAGUUGAUAUUUGUUUCAGCCUGAAGUCUGGUUCGUGUUCAAGUCUCUGUUUGUGUUCAAGUCUGUUUAUUGAAAACACUUCAAUGCAUUUGUGGAUAUGAAUUUGUUUCAGUGAACUUAAGUUAACUUACUGUAGUAUUCAACUUGCUGUUGCAUGGUAGCUACAAUCUUUGGCAAAAACUAUGGGACUAUAAAAAUGCAUGACACCCUCUUGUCCAUCUUUCAUGUGAUGAUUAUCUCACAAGGAUUGAUAUGGUAGGGUUAUAUUAAUAACAGAUAAAAGUUUAACAAUGCAUGUAUAGCUAUUAGGAAUUACAUCAUCUGGUAGCAUAUCAAAGAUUGUAUAGGGUGGCGUUGCAAACCCAAAAAAGUUAGUAUGUAUACAUUAGAGUUUUUAAUAGCAUUGUAAAUAGAAAGUUGAUCUGUGUUGGUGGUUUUAAGCAAAAAUACAUUUACCACACACGAAACGUAAAUAUUGUGGGUUUGUUUGCUAGUGCUGUAACAGUGUAACUGCUAUCAACCCUCCACUGCUCAGCAUUGAU